AUGGACGACCGGCUAGCUGAUCAAUUAUCCUCGCUCCUCGAGUCCACGGCAUCUCUACAACGUACACUCGCGCACGUAAUCUCUCAGCUACCGGUAGUACCCGCCAAACAACACAUUCCGAGCAUGUCCGAUUUGAACCUACAAACCCCCGCAUCCGCACAAGCUUCUAUCCUCGCUCCCGGUAGAGUUAUGGCGGAAGCAAGGUCCCGAUUGAUGAAGGACGGCUGGCCGGAUUGUGACGAUACUGAUAUGCACGCCGGUAGACUAACCGAAGCAAUGCUGAGAGUGAGUAGCAUCAACCUCGAGAACUUGUUUUUCGGAUUGCUGAGAGGCAAGGAUUCGCAGAUGGGAAUGGAAGACAUGGAUAAUUUUAUGACCGAGGCAUCGAGACUGAAUUGUUCGAAUAUGGCCAUAUCUGCGACACUUGUUUCAGCUAUCGUUGCAACGUUCAUGUCGGAGACGUAUAGUAAUGUCGAGACUUUGCAUAUGCGCGUUGUGAAUGGACUGUGGUUCUUGAGUUUGCUCUUGAGCUUGGCAACUGCCACACUUUGUAUGCUGGUCAGUGAAUGGUUAACUUGGUCAACCUCUCAAGAGCUCCGAGACCUUUCGCUCCUCUAUCGUCUUAUCAGGACAGCAUUUCGAUCACUCUUCAUGCAUUUAUCCAUUUUUUUAUUCUUUGCUGGGUUGCUAGUUCUGAUGUGGAACGAGAGUACGGUAGCUGUAUGCGUGGUUCCAUCCCUAGCAUUGGGAUUGUUUAUCCUGUAUUACGUAUCCGCAACUGUCCGGUCUCCGCUUUACUCCCUUUUAUUCGACAUACGACAAUUUGACGAUAAGGACUUCCGAGGGCUGAGGGACCCCAUUCACGCUUGGCACUCACCACCUGGUCAAUUACUUGUUUAUUCUGGUUAUCAAUCCAUACGCAAGGCUGUGCGAAAGUGGAACGCUCGAAAUUCCGAGCUCCUCGAGCCCAAGCCCCAGAGACCUCAGCUACGCGAUGACCUUCCAGACUCUGAAAAAACGAUAACACUAGCCCUGGAGACCGCAACCACCAACAUGAACGUAAACGCGAGUCAAACGUUGUCCCCCAUUUCAGCUACUACUAGAGAUGGAUCUCCAGGCCCGCUGAGACAACGCGGGUCUGGUCCGCAGCUGAGGCAUAGAGGACCUUCUCCCUUGCGCGAUUGUUCUCCGCUGGGAGUUCGCGGUCCUUUGUCGUCGGGUGUCGAGUCCCCCCAGGCGGUUUCUCGAGUCGGUACACCCGUUAGUAUGAGCGGCGUGGAUCUCGUGGAUCCUGAGGCCGAGCAUCAGCGCAAGUUACGGGCCACUAGAUUGAGACGGUUGACAGAGCAUGAGAUUAUGAGGCCUGUAAAGAGCGUGGGCGGACGGUCGGGGGAUGUGUAA